AAGCACGUCCUAAAUCCUCUCCGUCUGAGGAAGUCUCCCAACCAUUCCUUCACCCCUGACUCUGCAAUGAUGCAUCGGAGGAAGUACAUUUUUAACUCGGAAAAGUACAAUCGGACGGAAUAAAACGCAGCUGUCUGUCCAACUCUCGCACUACCGUGGACAUAAAUAGUUCAAAUGUCUUUUUAUGACGGCUGAAAGCACUGAAGGUGAGAACUAUUCGACCUAGCCUCGUCGAUUGAGAUUGCCGAAGAUUGGAUGCGCGUUUUUAAACUUCUUGCGCAAUUAUGGGCUGUAACAAGGUGUGUUUGGCGCUGGUCGGAGCGGUUGUCGUCAUCACGCUUAUUGUUAUUCCCACUGCAAUUUACGUGAACAGGGCUGAUUCUGGAUCAAAGAGAACUUAUUCUUUUGAUGAUUUUUACAAUGAUACCAUCAGGUAUAAAACAUACAAUCUCCGCUGGAUAUCAGACAAUGAAUACCUCCACAAAACCAGUGAAGGUCAUGUUUACCUGCACAAUGCUGAAACUACGGCGAGCUCCGUAUACCUGAGCAACACGACAUUUACCCAAGUGGAUGCCAAAGAUUACAUAGUGUCAGCAGAUAGAAAAUUUGUCAUCUUUGAGAGCAAUUACACAAAGCAAUGGCGUCAUUCCUUCACUGCCUCCUAUCAUAUUUACGACAUGGAGUCUCAGGAAUUCAUCUCUAAGGUUUCGAUUCCGCCUGUUACACAGCUCUUAGUUUGGGCACCGACAGGAAAUAAACUGGCUUAUGUGUGGAAUUAUAAUAUUUACCUCAAAAUGAAUGCCACUGCCGAGGCCGUAAAAGUCACACAUAAUGGAAUAGUGAACCAGAUUCUAAAUGGAGUACCAGACUGGGCUUAUGAAGAGGAACUUUUUGCCUCCAACGAAGCCAUUUGGUGGUCUCCACAGUCGAAAUAUCUGGUUUAUCUACAAAUUAAUGACUCUGAAGUUCACAACAUUGAGUACUCGCUGUAUGGAAAUGACCAGUACCCCACCACAAAAUUGAUCCCCUAUGCAAAGGCAGGCUCCGCCAUUCCCAGAGUGAAGCUGUUUGUGAUCGAUGUUGAAAAUCCAUCCAAACAUUCUGAAGUGGCGGUACCGAAAUCCCUCAGUGCUGGCGAUCACUACCUGAGCUCAGUCACGUGGGUCACAGAAGAGCGACUGGCCGUUCAGUGGAUGCCGCGCAGACAGGAUCGAGUUCUUCUGCAGAUUUACGACUAUGAUGGCACUAACUGGAAAGAACGCUCGAAAUUUGAGCAAAAGAGCAAAACUGGAUGGAUUGGACAGUUCUUCCCUUCACCUCCUUACUUUGCUGCAGAUAACAUGAGCUUUUACAAAGUUAUGAGCAAUGACAACGGCUAUAAACAUCUUCACUAUGUGAAUGGUGGAAAAGCAACACCCAUUACCUCAGGCAAAUGGGAAGUGAUAUACAUUUCAAAAGUAACCAAAGACGCUAUAUACUAUGUGAGCAAUGAGCACAUGGGAAGACCUGGACAGAGAAACCUUUACAAGAUUUCUAUGACUAAGAGUGGUCAUUCAGCCCCUGUGUGCCUCACCUGCUCACUGUAUCAGGACAGGUGUCAGUAUAACUCUGCUUAUUUCAGCGUUAAUGCCUCAUACUUCCGCAUGGACUGUUACGGUCCUGGGCUUCCGCUCUUUACCCUGAUGGAGAACAAAGGCGCUGCUAAAGAGAUUCAGGUGUUUGAGGACAAUGAGAAACUGGGAAAAAUUCUGACUACUGAACUUCUGAUGCCGACAAUCAAACGCUCCACACUGAAAAUUGCUGGAUUUACCCUCUGGUAUCAAAUGAUGUUCCCACCAAACUUUGAUUCCUCCAAAAAGUACCCUCUUUUAAUUCAAGUGUAUGGAGGUCCGGCCAGCCAGAACGUAGAUUAUGUCUUUCGUCUGCAGUGGGCGACGUACUUGUGCAGCACAGAGAAGGUGGUCAUCGCCAGCUUUGAUGGCAGGGGAAGUGGUUACCAGGGUGAUGAGAUAAUGCACGCCAUCUACAAGCGACUGGGAACAUAUGAGGUGGAAGAUCAGAUCUCGGCCGUGAGAAAAUUCAUUGAAAUGGGUUUCAUUGACGAAGACAGAAUUGCGAUGUGGGGUUGGUCAUAUGGUGGCUAUGUGACCUCCAUGGUUCUGGGAUCAGGAAGUGGACUGUUCAAAUGUGGAAUCGCUGUGGCUCCUGUAGCUAAGUGGGAGUAUUAUGAUGCUGUAUAUACAGAGAGAUACAUGCAUCGCCCUGAAGAAAACUCUGAAAAUUAUAAAAAUUCCACAGUGGCCAGCAGAGCAAUGAACUUCAAGUCAGUACAAUAUAUGCUGGUACACGGAACUGCAGACGACAAUGUGCACUUCCAGCAGGCUGCCCAGAUUUCCAAAGCAUUGGUGGAAAAUCAAGUUGACUUUGAAGCAAUGUGGUACACUGAUAAGGAUCACAGUUUGUCUGGAAAAGCCCGAUACCACCUCUACACACACCUGAACCACUUUCUGCAGAAGUGCUUUACUGAGAAGAAAUAAAGUGGGUUAUAUUGAUGCGUUCUAAAGGCAACGCAUAAUCCUGUUAAAUUGACACAAAUGACUGUUAAUGACAGAUUCUUUCCAUCUUAGUCUGUAUAUGAAACAAAGAAAUACAUAACUUCAAUGACAUUGACACAAGACGGGUUUGAUUUUCAUAAUUAGUUUUAAUAUGUGAACUUUGUACAAGCUGUUGUUUUUCUUAUCAAAUUGCUGUGACAAUUGUACUAUGAAUGUGACCUGCUAUGAAUGUAGUGUGUGUCUCAGAUUUCUGGCGUGUUUACAGAUUGAUUGUGGAAUCCAAAGUGUUUUAUACGGUUGCGUUUGUGCACGGACUUGAAAACACGGAUCAACUGAAACAUUCUACAUAUGGAUGUUUUGUUUCUUUUUUAGAGAUAUUUUACAUAUUAUAUGUGUUAUACAGUAAUAGUCUACAUCACAGUCCAUUGUAAGUGGUGAAAGUGGCAAUUUUUGGAAAAGGGCUGGGUAUUGAUACAGAUUUCCUGAUUCGAUUUCAAUUCACAAGCUCUGGAUUCGACUACAUUUUGAUACUAUAUUGAUUCAUAUGGGUAUAUGUCGUCCCCUUUGCUUACAUAUGAAAUAAAUUAAACAGGGGACCUUCUAACUAGGUACAUUACGAAAAUAUAAAUGUUAUUUGUAAUAAUUAUAUUUUAUUCGUUUUUCAUCAUUGGUCACAUUUUGGCUUUUUAAAAAUGAACAAAUCCAUGUAU